AUGGCUUUUGCAUCAUGGGCAACUUACCUUUUGACCAAGGUUUUUCUUUUGCCUAACAUUAUCUCUCUGGAAGUUAAGGGCUCCGGUGCAGGACUAUCAGCUUCAACUACUGCUCUUUUGGCCAUGAUUCAUUGUGUUUGGGCAGCUGCAGAAGCAUACACAGCUCCAUCAAUAGUAUUGACAUCUCAAUCGCACGAUGGCCUACAUGUCUUUGAUGAAUUCAGAGAGUCUUAUGCGUGGUUAAGCCAUAAUACUGACGUGGAUGACAAAUUGCCUGUGUUUGGUUUGCGAAAACAAAAUCAUAUAGGUGUGGCAUCAUGGUGGGACUAUGGUUAUCAAAGGACAGCUAUGGCUAACAGAACUGUUGUUGUCGACAACAACACCUGGAACAAUACUCACAUUGCAACUGUUGGCACUGCACUGUCAUCUCCAGAAAAGGCGGCAUGGGAAAUAUUCAACUCCUUUGAUGUGAAAUACGUUCUUGUCGUCUUUGGUGGUGUUAUUGGUUACUCAAGUGAUGAUAUUAACAAGUUUCUGUGGAUGGUGCGUGUUGGAGGUGGCAGAGAUGGGCAAUACCGAAUUGAUUCUGAGGCCACACCAACAAUGUUGAACUGCCUUAUGUUUGUAGAGACGGAUGGCAAAGGUUAUGAUCGGGUCAGGCGGACAGAGAUUGGGAAGAAAAAUUUCAAGCUCACACAUUUCGAAGAGUUAGCAAGUCCGUAUCAGUUGCGUUUCGACUUUAGUAGCUACACUGAGACGACAAGGCAGCUGACAGGAUAG